AAAGUGGAUAGUGACAUUCUUCAAUCACAUGCUUCUCAACCACAAGCAUGUAUAUAAAAAAGAGUUCAGAACUUUGCAGCCUUUGUUAAUUAUCCCUCUAAGUUUGGACUUGAGAAAUGGCUGGCACUUAACAGGUGCUGAGUUUUGAUGCUGCUUUAAACUGAAGAACCUGAGGUGCAAAUCACAGCUUUCAGAGUUUUUCUCACAAAUGGAGGAGUUUUGGGUCACAAGGUAUGGAAGAAUGGUUGUGGGCAGGGCUUUGUUACUCUUAGUUUUGUGCUUGUGGAUUCCCACACAGGUGAUGGGAAGAACAGGAACUACGUCCACAAACUCUACUACUUCUUCUAGGCCAACUGUUUUGAGAAUUGGAGUUCUGUUUACUGUUAAUUCUAUAAUUGGAAGAUCGGCUAAACCUGCAGUUUUUGCUGCCAUCAAUGAUAUCAAUGCUAAUUCGAGCAUUCUCCCUGGCAUUAAACUGGAAAUUAUCCUACAAGACACGAAUUGCAGUGGGUUUGUUGGAACAAUGGACGGUAUUUGCCAAAACUUCAAUUUCUGUAGCUACAAAGAUGCUGUAUCUUUGUUUAAUUUGAGGUCUUGUAUUGAAGGAAUAUAUUUAUUUUAGAAUUUUAUGUUUGCUUCUUUGUUUAUCAAGUACUUUCUUAGUCUUCUUGCUUUUGUCCAUUUCUCUUUUAUAACUCGGUGCCUGUUUAGAUUAAUUUAUUUUGUCAUUUUCUUUGUGCUUCAAUAGAAGAUUCUUUCUUCAAGAUUAAGGAUUACUUUGCAGUUGAUGGAGAAUGAAGUGGUUGCUGCUGUUGGUCCACAGUCCUCCGGAAUAGCCCAUGUUAUCUCUCAUGUUGUGAGUGAACUCCAUGUACCUCUUGUUUCAUUUGGAGCAACAGACCCAUCACUAUCAUCUCUACAGUACCCAUAUUUUGUCCGCAGCACCCAAAGUGACUAUUAUCAAAUGUAUGCAAUAGCAGACUUGGUUGAUUACUAUAGAUGGAGGGAGGUGAUAGCCAUUUUUGUAGAUGAUGAUAAUGGAAGGAAUGGAAUUUCAGUACUGGGAGAUGCUUUAGCAAAGAAACGUGCUAGGAUCUCUUACAAGGCUGCAUUCGCUCCUGGAUCCCCCAAGAAAGACAUCAGUGACUUGUUAAAUGGAGUGAACUUAAUGGAAUCAAGGGUCUAUGUUCUGCAUGUUAAUCCUGACACUGGUUUGUCAAUUUUUUCUCUUGCUAAGAAGCUAGGAAUGAUGACCAGUGGCUAUGUGUGGAUUGCAACAGAUUGGCUUGCUUCAGUGUUGGAUUCAUUGGAGCCAGUUGAUCCUAACACAAUGAAUCUCUUACAAGGGGUUUUGGCUUUACGCCAUCACACUCCUGAUACUAAUGAAAAGAAGAGUUUUCUCUCUAGGUUGAAGAACCUUAAAGACAAGGAAACUCCAAGCUUCAAUUCUUAUGCAUUGUAUGCAUAUGACUCCAUUUGGUUAGUAGCUCAUGCUCUUGAUGCUUUCCUCAAAGAAGGUAGAAAAAUAUCUUUCUCUUUUGAUCCUUUGUUGCGUGACACAAAUGGAAGCAUGUUGCAUUUGUCAUCACUUCGGAUUUUUGAUGAUGGGCCUUCGUUUCUCCAGAAAAUUUUGAGGGUUAACUUUACUGGUUUGACUGGUGAAGUUCAGUUUGAUACAGAAAGGAAUAGACUUCGUCCAGCAUAUGAUAUCUUGAAUAUUGGUGGAUCUGGAUCAAGGAGAAUUGGUUAUUGGUCUAAUUACUCUGGUCUCUCAGUUGUGGUUCCAGAAAUUUUAUAUAAGAAACCACCAAACACUUCAACAAGCAAUCAACAACUGUAUGGUGUUAUAUGGCCUGGUGAAACUGCAGUUAAACCAAAAGGGUGGGUAUUUCCCAACAAUGGAAAGCCACUGAGAAUAGCAGUGCCUAACCGGGUAGGCUACAAGGAAUUUGUUUCUAAAGACAAGGACCCCCCUGGAGUAAAGGGAUAUUGCAUUGAUGUCUUUGAAGCUGCCAUAAACUUGUUACCUUAUCCUGUGCCGCGACAAUAUAUAUUAUUUGGAAAUGGUGUGAGAAAUCCCAGCUAUGAUGACCUUGCAAAUCAGGUUGCACUAAAUAACUAUGAUGCAGCAGUAGGGGAUAUUACAAUUGUCCCAAACAGGACAAGGGUUUUGGAUUUUACUCAACCUUUCAUGGAAUCAGGGUUGGUUGUUGUUGUUCCUGUCAAGGAGAUCAAAUCAAGUCCUUGGUCUUUCCUCAAGCCAUUCACUACUCAAAUGUGGUGUGUUACUGGUGCCUUUUUUAUUUUUGUGGGAACAGUUGUAUGGAUUCUUGAGCACCGGCACAACCCGGAGUUUCGUGGUAAACCGAAGAAACAACUCAUGACAGUCUUUUGGUUUAGUUUCUCAACAAUGUUUUUCUCACACAGAGAGAACACUGUGAGUGGUCUUGGGAGAUUGGUGCUAAUCAUAUGGCUUUUUGUGGUGUUAAUUAUCAAUUCAAGCUACACAGCUAGCUUAACAUCCAUCCUCACAGUGCAGCAAUUGUCAUCACAAAUUGAAGGAAUUGACAGCUUGAUCUCAGGCACUCAACCAAUUGGAAUUCAAGACGGGUCAUUUGCAAGGAAGUACUUGACAGAGGAACUCAAUAUACAACCAUCUAGAAUAGUUACAUUGAAAAAUAUGGAUGCAUAUAUUGAUGCACUUCAGCGUGGACCAAAAGAAGGAGGGGUUGUGGCUGUUGUUGAUGAGCUUCCUUAUAUUGAGAUCCUAAUGUCAAGUACUGAUUGUAAGUUUAGAACCGUUGGGCAGGAGUUCACCAAAAGUGGUUGGGGAUUCGCAUUCCAAAGGGACUCUCCCCUUGCUGUUGACAUGUCAACUGCCAUUCUUCAACUAUCUGAGAAUGGUGAUCUGCAAAAGAUUCAUGACAAAUGGCUUUUAAAACAUGAUUGUACGGCAGAAGAUAAUGUUGACUCAAAUAAACUAUCUCUGAGUAGCUUCUGGGGUCUCUUUCUUAUAUGUGGCAUUGCAUGUAUCCUUGCUUUAAUUGCAUUUUUCGUUAGAGUGUUGUGUCAAUAUAACAAAUUCAGCCCAGAAACUGUGGAAACUGACGAAGAAAUUCAACAAGUAAGGCCAAGAAGGGCUUUCAGAGCUACAACUAGCUUCAAGGACUUGAUUGUUUUUGUGGAUAAGAAAGAGAAAGAAAUCAAAGAGAUACUCAAACAGAAGAGUAAGAAAAGGAGACGUAGCAUGAGCUCAGCCUCAGAUGGACAAUCUAGUUCAUCCACCUAAUGACAAGAUAAUCCAAUAAGAAAAGGAAAGACACAUAUUUUUUAACUCUUAUAAAAUAGACGUGUCUUUCGCUUUUAUAUUGGAUCAUUCUGUCAUCAUUGGAGAUGAUAUUUUUUCCUAAGUAACCAUGUAUAUUUUUUAGUGUAUUGUUUUAGUUCCCUUAUUUAGGCUAUACUAUAAUAACAACAGUAUUGACAUUAAUUUGUCAACGUUGAAAUAUUUAAAUUUAUCCCUUCUUGCAUAGGGAACUGUGGCUGUUAGAUUAUUAUUAACACAGCAUACCGAAAAAAGCACAUUGGUCUACAAUUCAGACCAAUAUACACUAGAUUUUGACAAUUGUACCUUGAUACUAAGGAAAAAAAAUGUUUUCAU